AUGAACUGUUUACCGCUUUUUGACUUUUACGUAGCGCACGAUAAUUUCAUUGCUCCCCCGCCGCCGGAACCGCCUGACACAGGGAAGAAAGGUAAGAAAAAGAAUAAGCCAGCGAAAAAGAAGGGCAAACAAAAAGUUGUUCCGAAAAAGAUUGUCCUACCUUCUGAUCCUUUACCACAACCACCAUACUUUGGCGUCGGCAACUCAGUUAUGUUUAUAUCGAGACCAUCGAAGCUGGAAGAAGUGUUAAGUAAAACACCCAUUUACAUAACUGUUUGGAACAGGGACGAGGGAUUUAACUGCAUAGGUUUCUGCAUAGUGGAGUGGCACGAGUCUUUCUUCGAGUGCCUGAAAAGAUCUGGGCAGUUGAACCCCGUGAACAUGGAUAAAGGUGAAUUCAGAGACUCGUCCAGAUCUGAAAUGAUAACUAAUACAGUGGAACUCACUAGGAAUUUGCAGUGCGAGGAAGAUUUGAAGGCUUCCGGUGAGAUAGACUUUUCUUUACGCUUGACGUGCCUGGGUAACAACGUGGUCAGUUACUUCGUGGCGUUGCCUGAGAUGGAACGAAUACCGGGACGCAAGUAUUUAUCCGAUGACCUAAAACUCAAAGACGUAGAGGUGGUAAGACAUUGGGAGGGCACAGCGAUAGAGGCGGUUCCGCCUAUAGCUUACUUCUUCGGAGCGCCAGACAUAACCAAAGAGCCCAUAAAGCCAGUCGAAGAGCCUCAGGUCUUUGAAGAAUUUGUCGCACCAUUCACUGCCAGCGAACUCACCAUUUUGGCUAUGGGCUUCCCAAAAGGGCCGUGCGGUGGCACGAACUGCCCUAAGCGAAUGGACUUCAGAGGCAGCCAGCAUCAGUUCAUUCACGGUGAAACUGUCAAAGGUAAAUAUGAGCACGGUCAGUUUGUAAACAAAAGGGACGUCCAUGGACCUUGCGGUAGACUGGACUGUCCUUUGGCCAAGAGAGUUCGCUCCUACCUUUGCUCUGAAGGUAGCUACAAGCCGUGUAAGAAACCAUGUCCAAAAGAUUAUUAU